GAAGAAGAAGAAGAAGAAGAAGAAGAAGAAGAAAUCUCGCGAUAUUUCGCACAAUGUUGUUGAGUGACGUGUCCUUCCCGGAUUCGUCUGCUGGUCGCAGUUUAAACGUUUACCGCGUAGCCGCUAGCAGUUGAUGGAUUUAACGUUAAUCGCAGUUACCAAUGCUUUCCAUGUUAAAUCCAGCGGUCGGUUGUAGCGGUGUGAUCUCAGUCUCGGUCGUAUGUUGAGGUUAAACGUUGUGUGUUUUUAAAGAUGCCGUUUUGGGCAUUUGAAAACGUUUCAAACUGAUGGGAAGGCUUUGGGAAAUGAUUGUAGCUUUAUGUAGCUGAUGCUAACAAUAAAGAGCAGCGGUUCAUAAUCGUUUCCCGUUUAUAUUUUUUUAAGUUAUUAUUUAGUUGCUGUUUUUAUGAACGUUUUAAAACUGCUGGUAGUGCAGAUUAAACUGGAUUUUUGUUUACGGCUAACCCUGACACACCUCCGCUUAGGUUCCCUCCUUUUAAAGAUUACGUCCCAUCAGACACAGCCCUGUGUUUGGCUCAGAUCUCACUGCUAAGACCGGCGUGUUCCACGGCGAGAUGAUGGAGUCCUGUCUUACUGGGAUACCGAAGAGAGUAGGACCAGUGGAGGUGGAGGACAUCAAGAAAAACCUUCUGGGUGAACUGGAUGCUCUGACAGCACGGAAUGUUCAAUCACAAACGGAGAACCUGCAGGUAUAUCUAAGAGUUCGGCCUUUUAUUGCAGCUGAAAGCAACAGCGGAGAGUCACAGGACUGUGUGACCAUUGAGGGUCCCAACACUGUGGUUCUCAGGGCUCCCAGGAUCUGUCAGCCAAAUCGACACAGCGACAAGUCUCUCCCACAAACGGCUCAGAAGUUCACUUUCACUCAGGUGUUUGGUCCGGAGGCCAGUCAGAGGACUGUGUUUGAGGGGUCAGUUCGUUCUUUGGUCCAGGACGUUCUGCAGGGUGGCAACUGUCUGGUGUUCACAUAUGGUGUCACCAAUGCUGGGAAAACCUUCACCUUCCUUGGGCCAGACCACAACUCUGGGCUACUGCCUCGAUCUUUGUCAGUCAUAUUUAACAGUAUAGAGGGCCGCCUGUACAGCCACAGUGAUUUGAAACCUCAGCGGUGCAGAGACUUCAGCAGACUUACAUCAGAUCAGCAGGAAGCAGAAAUCGGCAGUAAGAAGAAUCUGAUGAGGCUGCUAAAAGAGAGCGACAAGAGUCUGAUGGCUGGAAAAUCAGCUUCACUUGAAGGGUCUUCCAUCAGCAGCAAUGGAAGCAUGAACAGUGUAUCUGAGGCAGAUGGGUUCUGUCUGGACCUUCCUUCAAAUGUUCGCUUCUCCAUUUGGGUUUCGUUCUGUGAGAUUUACAACGAGAAUAUCCACGACCUGCUGGAACAGGUUCCUGGUGGACAACACAAGAGGACUGUGCUGCGUCUGUCUCAGGACAUUAAAGGGAACUCCUACAUCAAAGAUCUGCGCUGGUUCCAGGUGAAUAGUUCAGAGGAGGCAUACAAAGUGAUGAAGAUUGGAAAGAGGAACCAGAGUCUUUGUGCUACCAGACUGAACCAGCUGUCCAGCAGGAGCCACAGCAUCUUCUCCAUCAGGAUACUCCGGAUCGACAACGGCAUGGUACCCAGAGUCCUCGGCAUCAGCGAACUGGCUCUAUGCGACCUGGCUGGCUCAGAACGCUGUUCUCGAACCCACAACACUGGGGAAAGGCUCAGGGAGGCAGGAAAUAUUAAUGGCUCCCUGCUGACACUUGGGAAAUGCAUCAGUGCCCUGAGGCUCAACCAGAAUACAAAGUUCCAGCAUCACGUUCCCUUCAGAGAUUCCAAACUCACCCACUUCCUGCAGUUCUUUUUCUGUGGUUCCGGCCGUGUGUCCAUGGUGGUAAACAUCAGCCAGAACUCCUCCUGUUUUGAGGAGACACUCAACGUCCUCAAGUUCUCUGCUCUUGCUCAGAAGGUGAUGGUAGUCAAAUCCCCGACGGUCGUCCUGGAUUACAGCACUUGCCACAAGUCAGCCAUGGAGCUGUCUCUCAUCAUCGACAAGGCUGACCAGCGCAGAAACCUGUUGAACGGGGGCAGGAGGAGUUCACUUGUUGCCUGGGAGACAAGCCUGGAGGAUGUGCUGGAGGCUGAAGACAAUGAGAAGUGGGAGGAGGAGGAGGAGGAGGAGGAGGAGGAGGAGGAGGAGGAGGAGAGUGUGAUGGAGGGAACCAUUCUGAAGGCUGGAGGUGAGGAGGAGGACCGGGACUGGGCUAUGGAGGAGGAGGUGGCGGCAAAGGAGGCGGCGCUCCGUUUGGUUCUGGAGGCUCAGAUCAGAGAAGAAGUCAGCACUGAGUUCAUGGAGCUGUACAAAAAGAUGGAGAAAGACUACAGCGAGCGCCUAAAGAAGGAGAGGGAGAUCCUUGAGGAGCGCGCUGAGAGAAAGGUGGAGAUCCUAAAGAACCUCGUCAGUAAGACAGUUGACUUGUCAACACCAAACAAUAACGUCUCUAAGGAGGCAGCUCCUUUGGAGGGAAUCAUCACCUUCAUCAGUGAAGACCUGAAGAAGAUCAGAGACGACGCUCAGAAUAUCCAACACUGUUUGACCGAACAGACACACAUUGCAGAUUUGGGGAUGCAUCGGUUAGAGAAGCUGGAGUUGCAUGAUCAGCUGCAGGGUGCCAUGAAGAGUCUGGAGCAACAACAGCAGCAGAAGUUAUCAGAGCUGUCAGAGAUCUGUGAGCAGAAAGAUUAUGUCAUCAGUAAACUUCAGAAAGCAUUGAGGAAUGCCACAUGUGACAUGCAAACCACCUGUAGCUGUGGGAGAGGCACAAAGGGAGAAGACAACAACAAGGAGCAGAAGGAGAACAGUAAGCGCCAACAAGUUGACACAGAGGAUCACAGAGAAGUGACUAAGAAGAGAGUGGUACCGGAAGAGAUCUGGAGGCUGCAAGAGGAAAAUAACAAGAAAGAGGAAACACUUGCCGAACUGCAAGAGAGGGAGCAGCUCAGGAGGGGGCUGGAGGAUGAGCUGAGGAAGCGGGAGAAAGAGGUGGAGGAGUUGAAGGAGAAGAAUCUGGUAUUGGAAAAGAAGGUUCAAGAGUUGACGGGUCUGGAGGAUUGUCUGAAUUGUGACUCUAUGCUUUCGUCUCUGGAGGUGGAGCAGAAGGAGACAGCCAAGCUACAGAAGGAGAACAAAGCUCUGGUGAAUGGCAUCUUCCAGCUGCAGACUGAGGUGACCACUCUACAGAUGCAUCUUAAACAGCACACUGACAUAUCUAACAGCCUAUCAAAGCAGUUGGACUUGGCUAAGUCCCACCUCCAUUACAAAGAGAACCAAUUAGAGGAGAGGUCCAGCUCAAUUAAGAGUCUGAGACAGGAAGUCGAGCAGUACGAGGGACAGAUGAGCAGCAACAAUGUUCUCGAUGCUGCCAUGGAGGAACUGAAGAAGAGCGCAGUGGCACAGCAGAGGUCCAUUCAAACACAGAUGGAAGAGCUUCAGAGAGAGAGGAUACAUUUGGAGGAACAACUUUCUCACAGCAACAGCCUCUGUGUGGAGCUUAGACAGGAGCUGGAAAAUCAGAAAGCAGAGUUUGGCCAGCAGCUGCAGGACCUGAGGGCAGAGCUAGAGUCAGAGGGCAGAGCCCUGCAAAAGAGACUGGAGGAUAUGCAGAGAGAGGAGGAGGAGGAGAGGAGCCGCCAGUUGGAGAAGGUGGCAGGGUUGCAGCGAGUCAUACAGGAGAAGGAGCAACUCCUGGAGGAGAGCCAGCAGCACAGAGAGACCUUGAGACGAGAGCUGCAUUGUCUGAAGGAGAAGCUGCACAGGAGGGAGGAGGAAAAGGAAAAUCAAAGUGGUAGGAGGCUGCAGGGAAAAGGAGAGGAGGGGGAGAAGGCGUCUCAUCUGCACAGAGAUGCUCAGUCCAACGCGACUGACUGGAAAAAGCCCUCUAAGACUGUAAGGAGGAAAAGGAAGAGCAGGGAGGUGGAGGGCUUGGUUUUCAGUGUGAACAAAAGGAACAAAGUUGAAGGGAGAGCUCAAAGCAACACACUGGAGGAUUGCAUGCUGCAGAAGACUGAAGAGCUGAUCCAGAACUCUCAGUGUAUCCUCAACAGCAAAGCUGAUCCUGUCCCCUCCAAAGAGGCUGUGACCACAGCAAACAGACCACGGCGAGGACGAAAGAAGCUGUUUAAACUGGAUACUUCAUCUCCCUUGCAGGACUCUCCGCACACAAUACCGGGCGGUGACAAGGAUGAAAAGGAGAGUGAUCACCUGAUCAUCAGAAGACAGCUACGCUCGAACAGCUGCAGAAAGUGAUGUGUGCUGCCUGGUUCUGAUUCUUGGACUUUUUAUGUUUGAUGUGAUUAUUUAAGAGCUGUGGGCAACUAUCAUCUCUGAGUCACUCACAGUAAGAGGGUCUAAAAGGACAGAUGUCAUUAAAGGUUUUUGAUUCUAAUGUUUGACAAAAAUAGAUCCACCAAUAUAAGACAGCUCCUUUCACAGAAAUCAACUGGAUCAAUCCUGAGAUGAUUCAGAAGGAGAAUCAGGAGGAUGAAAAACGUAAAUCAGGGUGAUCUUCUGAUGAUUCUAGUCAUCACCCUUUAAUCCGCAAGGAUCCAUUGUCACCUCUGCAUCAUGUAUCAACAGUGGCUGAUGAAGUCAACAAUCUCCGAUGUUCCACGUAAAGGUCUGACAACAUCAAAUCUGACAUUUCCUGCCCUAUUCCUGUUUCUCUCUUAGCACUCUUAUUCCUCAGAUUCAGUCUCUAACUCAUCUCUUCCUGAUUACCAACGGUUGAGUUUAUCAGACAGAAACCAAACACCUGCUGUGGUGUGGGAAGAACAAUAAGACCAGAAAGUGUGAAUAUUUUCCUUAAGUUUUCACAAAUCGGAAUUAAUUUAGUUUGAGUAGGUUGGACACAGUUUGUAAUCUGCAACAAUGACAGAUUAGCUGAAUGGGAUGUGGUCACUGUAAAAUCGUCAGACUUACUGUAGGUUUCAGGUUGAUCUUUGAAUGUGGAUCUACAUGAUGUUUCAAAUUUUACAUUAAGGGGACUUCUGAUGAUGCACAGUUAAAAUAAAAUGUAUUUCUUCUUUAGGAUUUCAUGUGUAAUCUUUUUUUGUAAUGAAAGACGAUGCAGGACCUCAGUUACACUUCAGUGCAUAGUAUCUAUAAGAAAAGACAAAAAGAUUAAGUUCUUAAUAAAGAAGUUGUGUGCUGAGAUGU